UGAUGUUAAGUGAUCAACAACAACAACAACGUGAACGACAACAACAACAACAAAAAUGUAAAUUAUGUAAAUUUCAAUGUAAUAAUCAAUAUGUAUUUCGUGCACAUAUUAUUACUGAACAUGGUUUAGGUAGUAGUGUUAGUGGUUUAGGUGGUGUUGAUGAAACAACAUUUUUACAACAAUUUAUUGAUUAUCAUCAAACAUCACCAUCAUUGAAAUCAUUUGAACAACGGGAAAAAUAUCCAAUUGACAGUGUUGUUGAUGAUGAACAACGUGAACAAAGUGAACAAAGUGAACUUGAACAAAAAUCCGAAAUAUUUUGUAAUAUUUGUAUGAAAGAAUUUUGUAGUAAAUAUUUUCUACAAAUACAUCGACAAAAUAUUCAUGGAAUUUUUGUUGAUAAUGAUGAUAAUAUCAGUGAUUCACCACCAACGCAGCCACAAUUAUCACCAUCAUCAAAUCAUCAAUCGACAACAACAACGACAAGCGAAACAACAACAACAACAACGACCACUAAAUCGACAACAUCGACGACAAAUUCAUCAUUUUUAUCACCAGCAUUAUUGAAUUCAUUUUAUCAACAAGCAGGAAUGAAAACUUCUGAAUCAACAGCGGAAUUGGAAAAUUUAAAUCUUGCUUUAAGUCAGGUUUUCGGUCGGCAAAUAAAAUCCGAACGAUCAUCAUCGUCACCACGGUCAAAUUCAUCAUCAUCAUCGCCAUCACCAAGACCCGAUCAAAAGACAAAAAACAAUAGCAAUUCUGAAACCACCAACAACAACAAUGAU